GGGGAGGAACGAGGUUGUCGGUACCGCAUCCCGGUAGCAAUGCCGGAUCACUCCGCCGACUACCUCGCGGGGGCGCCGUCACGCACUCUCCAUCCCCCUCCGCCUUCGUCUUCGUCUUCGUCGUCGAUACGUAAGUCUCCGUCUGCUGCGCCGUCUUCUCCUCUUCCUUGCCAAAGUGGCGGCAAGAAGGUGAUCGUCGGGCCGUACGAGGUGGGGCGGCUGCUGGGUUGUGGAGCGUUCGCAAAGGUUUACCACGCGCGCCACACCGGAACGGGGCAGAGCGUUGCCCUCAAGGUGCUGUCCAAGCACAAGCUGCUGCGUUCCGGUCUCGCCGGCAACGUCCGCCGCGAGAUCUGCGCCAUGCGCCGUCUCUGCCACCCCAACAUCCUCCGCCUCCUCGAUGUCCUCGCCUCCCGCUCCCGCAUCUACCUCGUCCUCGAGCUGGCUAAGGGCGGUGAGCUGUUCUCCCGCCUUACCGGCCGCGGCCGCUUGACGGAGGACCUUGCCCGCCCAAUCUUCCACCAGCUCCUCUCCGCCGUCGCCUAUGCCCACGUCCACGGGGUUUUCCACCGCGACCUCAAGCCCGAGAACCUACUCCUCCUCGACGACUCCGCCCACCCUCGCCUCAAAGUCUCCGAUUUCGGCCUUGCCGCCAUCGCCGACCAACUCCUUGUUCUUCCUCAUCGCCACCUUCCCGAUCGUUCCCCUCCCCUCUUCCGCACCAUCUGCGGCACCCCGGCCUACGUCGCCCCUGAGGUCCUCUCCUGCCGCCCCUACGAUGCUGCCAAGGCCGACCUCUGGUCCUGCGGCGUUGUCCUCUUUGUCCUCGUCGCCGGCUACCUUCCCUUCAACGACCCCAACCUCAUGGCCCUAUACCGCAAGAUCUGCCGCGCCGAGUUCCGGUGUCCCCGCUGGGUUUCCCCGGACUUACGCCGCCUCCUCGGCCGCCUUCUCGACCCCGACCCCGCCGGCCGUAUCUCCGCCGCCGAGAUCGUCCACGAGCCCUGGUUUCGCAAGGGCCUUGACGCCGACCGAUUCGCCUCCGUGACCCGUCCCCAUCGCCAUGACCUUGACGGCCGCAUCGCCUCCAAGAUCGGCGACAGUGGCAGCGAGGAGGACCGCGACGGAGACCUCAACGCCUUCGACCUAAUCGCCUUGUCCCCCAGCCUCGACCUUUCCGGUUUCUUCGCGGGGCUCGAGUUGGCGACGCCGUUGCCGUGGAGGGAGAGAUUCAUCUCUGGCGAUUCGGCGGAAGAGAUCCUAGCCCGUGUGGAGGCUGCGGCGGCGGGCGAGGAGGGGAUGACGGUGCGGCGGUUGGGCAAAGAGGGUCGUGCGGGCGCGGCGUUGGAGGGGCCCGCGGGGGAGUUGGUGGUGCUGGUGGUGCUACGACGGCUGAACAGGGAGUUGGUGAUGGUGGAGAUGGAGACGGGCGUCGGCGACGGGAAUGGAGACUUCUUGAGGGAGCGGCUCCGUCCGGCGCUCGGGGGCUCUGUCGGCGUAACGGAUAUUCGUGGUUCUGGGUCGACCGGAUCCGAACCGGAUUUGGUUUUGUUCGACGAGCCGGACGAAUCCAGCUCGACUAGCUCUUCUUAGCUGCUAAUGAUGUCACUCACCAGGAUUAAAACUAUAAAUGAAAGAACCACGUGUCCUGGUGACUGGACCAUCGCCCCAACAGUAGACAUCGUCGACCCAGGCAGGAUUUGUGACACGACACAUACGUACACAUUCCCUUGGCCUGUGUAUUUAGGGGUUCAUACACAU